AUGGGGGUUUCGGUGUUUCUAUUGUACGCGGUGACGUCCGGGACUCGCGACCUGACCAGCAUACCGGAGUGGAUCGAUCCGGAGACCCAGGUGCUGGACAUGAGCGGCAACAACAUCUGUCACCUGCCAAACAACAUAUUUAUACACGUGCGGCUAACGAAUCUGCAGCGUCUCUACUUGCGUGAGUGUCGUAUCGAUCGGAUCGAUAGCGAGGCAUUGGCCGGCUUAACGAAUCUCGUGGAGCUCGAUCUCAGUAAUAAUAUGCUGGCCGCGGUGCCGAGUUUGAGCUUCACCGACACGCCAUUCCUGCGCGAUUUGGUGCUCGCGUACAACCCGCUUAAGCGGAUUCGCUCGCACGCGUUUAAGAGCACGCCGAAUUUAGUGAAGCUCGAUUUGUCGCACACGCAGCUCGUUGAGAUCGAGGCCAAAGGUUUUCGCGGACUGGAAAUGCUCGAGAGUCUCAAGCUGAGCAACAAUGAACUGUCCACUCUACACCAGGGCACCUUCGAGCCGCUUAACAAGCUCACUAGCAUCGAGCUGCACGAAAAUCCGUGGAUCUGCGAUUGUCAUCUACGUGAGAUGAAGAUGUGGCUGGUGAAGCAUAAUUUACCGACCAUCGUGGCGCCUGUAUGUCACGGGCCCCAGCAGUUGCUCGAUCGUGCCUUCACCGACCUCGGGAUCGACGACUUUGCCUGCCGGCCAAUUUUGCUGAUAGCCAGCCGUUAUGCCGAGGCCACCAUCGGCGAGAACGCUAGUAUCGUGUGUCACGUGAGAGCGGUACCAGCAGCAGACGUCAAGUGGUACUGGAAUGGGCGGUUGUUGACCAAUCACUCGGCUUUCAGCAGCUAUCAAAAGAUCCUCAUCUUCGAGGAGGGCCAAUUUAGGAAGCGGAGCACUCUCAUUCUCACCAACGCACAGGAGGCGGACUCCAGCGAGUUCUACUGCGUCGCCGAGAACCCCGCUGGCUCCGUCGAGGCAAAUUUCACCCUGCACGUGUCUCUAAGGACGGCGGGCAUGUCAACUUUAGGCUCGGGCCAGAUCGCGGGGAUAUCCGCCGCAUUGGUGGUGCUCAUACUCUUCAUCCUACUCAUCAUUCUCGUAUUAUUCAUUCGUUUGCGGAGAAUGCCGCUGAAGGACAUGAAGUCGUCGGCGCCGAUGGAAGCGGCGUCCAGUGACGGUGUCGGCAAUGGUGGCAGCGGCGGGGGUGGCGGCGGCGGCGGCGGUGACAACAAUCCGUCGUCCGCGACCUCGACCACUCGCAGGAAACAUGAGGAGAUCGAGACGACGUCGUUCGCCCUGGAGUCUAAGCCACCCGCGUCGCUGCAUCUGAGCUACGUACAGAGACCGCACGCGGCCGUAAUGCAGGAUAACGAGUACAGCACAAUCAGCCGUUUCGACGAUCAGAAUCAGCCCGCGAUGGCGGCGAUGCCGGGUGCCGGGUGUUUCUCGUCGACGACGUCCUUGAUGCCGAUCGAUAAUCCGGAUCUCAUCAGGGACACUCGGCGUGGCUCCACCGAGGACAUCACGCCUUACGGCGUCACCGAUUACGGCCGCGUCGAAGCGCUAGACGACGCCGGUAAGAUGCUCUACACCAGCUGCCUGUGGGAAGCGAGGGACAGCUGCGGCAGGACGUCCGCCGUCUCGGCGAACGUGUACCCGUCGAAGGAGCAGCUCGCGGUGGUCGCGCCGGUCGUCGAGCAAUUUCCACCCGGCGCGAAGCAGAUGAGAGUCUGGCAAAAGGGCGUCCCGGUGCUGCCGCCGGUCUCGGCGCUGAAACGCGUCCUGGGAUCCACGCGCAGCUCGCCCGAUGAGGGUUAUCAGGAGGGCACCGGUACCGACGUCUAGGUACCGCUACUUCAUUACUGCGAUGCCCGGCACCGUUAUCUGGAGCUACGUAGACGGCACCAGGAGGACGACACCGACUGCUAAGGGAAGAAUGAAGAAGAAGAAAAAAAAAGAGUUGUCCUCACGAGUGCCGGGCGGGCGGUAGUGAACAGGAAUACAAUGUGCCGGACGAAUCUCGCGUUUAAGUGUGAUCGCGUCAGUGUGACAAUGAUCAAGAGUUAACGCGUAAUUAUUGUUGUGCACAGACUACUCUUUACAACUGGACGAAAGCGUUACGCUCGCAAUCGCGUUUACGUACAGUGAUGGAAGAUACGACAUUAUACAGUUUCACAUUCAACUUGAUACCAUCCAAGUCAGCAAGAGCGAUACCACCUUCCAAUCGGGAAGGUACGGUACAAUGGAACCAUAGACAAGACGUGAACAACGCACAGCUCACCUCUAAAGACUGCCAUAACUAAAGUACGCGCAUCGAAUCGCUAGGCGUAUGCAAGGAGCUUUCGAGAGGUCAAUGAACGCGUGGAUCGUUACUGCAAGAGAUUGACAUCGUGGCCACUGAGAAUCGUUUGCGUCCUGCAUGAAGUUUCGCUCGAAUGACUUACAUGGUCGAUUGUGUUAAGUAACUUAACACGAAUCAUGAGUUUAAGCGACUUAUGAGACUAGCAAAAAUGACGAUUGGACUCUUUCGAAUUUAUAAACCAUCAUCGAUACCCAAUCGUGAACGAAACCUUGCAAACGAGCGUUUGUAGUGGUGCGAUCUCUUUGAAGGCGGUCGACGGCAAUUAGUGACACAGUUAGAGAUGUUCUUGUGCGCGGUGCGUGUGGUGCAAUCAAUUGGUAGACGUUCGGUUCCGUUUGUACUUGUGUCACGAGGGUUGCCUCCAGUGUUCGAUAUCGACAAUGUUAACCUGUACAGGAUGUUCCGAAAAAAGUGGUCGACGUAUGAAAGAUGACGACGUUUGUCGUUGCGAGUGAUACGAGUAUGUACGUCCUGAAUAACGUCUCUGAAACUACUCACGGAAGUUUGUAUUUAAGAAUACGUAAAUAUCGCGAUUGAUAAUAAAAUUUUACAAAUCGAAUACGCAGAAAUCAUACGUAUUUUCAAGUUCACGUGGUGAUCUCUCGUGAGAAUCUCACCACAAACUUGAGAAUGCAAAUUUAGGUAUAUAUUCAUUAAGAUUCUCUUACACUCGCAACGAUUGACAUUAUUGUCUUUCAAAAUAUUGGCCUUUCCUCUGGAAACAUUCUGUGUAAUGCGGCAAUGAAAGUCGAUCGCAAGGCGAUGUCUCGCGCAUACGGAGUGCAUACAGGAAAUGCAUACACACGACUGACACGACGUGCACCAAGCCAGGGACGAGGGAAGUGACGACGAUACGCUACGCCAACCACGUCAUUGUCUGGGCGGUUGUGCAGCACAAUAUCGACGGGUAAUACAUUUGUAUAAUGGCUAAGCCAAAGCGGUUUGAGUCAGUUGGGAGGCUGAAAUCUCCCGGAAUAAAAAAUUAGGUAGCUCCCCUUAAGACGAUAAACGGCGAGCACGGAGACUGGCAGUACACGUUUCCGGCGAUGAGGCUGGCGCGUAGAAUUGCAUAGGAAGCGAGAAACGACGCUUAAGCUACCAAGUAUCUCUCGCGGAUUUUUUCUAGUCAAUUUGGUGGAAGAGGGAAAAAGAAAAAGAAAUAAAAAAAAAAA